GGACGAUGAUUCUGGAACCGAUUCGUAGUCGGUUGGUGCGAACAAAGUGUCAACUCGUUUGAAGAGAAAUAAAAAAAUCCGCUGUUUAUCAUUGGAUUCGGACGCCCAAUCGUAUACCACCUACCUUUUCUGGGUGGUGCAAUUUUACCAGUGCUCGUUAUCAAUUUCGUUUCCACCCAAAAUAGCAGGAAAAGUUUUUGGGGCAGUCGUGUGAUGUGCUGAAGAAAUUAGAGAAGCAACGUGGCGCGAUGGUGAAAUAUCGCUGCUUCCGGAAGUAAACCCUGAGAAGAUCAAUUUGGAAUAGUGUCCUUGUGUGCAAGCGUUGCUAAUAAUCAUUAUCGAAAUUCCUUAUCAGGUCUGGUAUAGAGCGUAAGUGAAGUGCAGCGAAGAAUAGCGGAUGCUUUUACAAUACAACUGAAGCAAAAUCAAUGCAUCUGGUGACGGAGAUCUCGCCGUACAGCAGUGAUAUCAACCAGUAGCGGAGAUAAAUGAAUAGGAAUAUGAAACGCCAGCUGGAGAAGUUUAAGGAGGAGCUCAAGUCAAAUUUGACAAGAUCCAACAAAGCGGAGAAAAAUGCAGACGGUUUACAGGAAAUCGAACGGGAGGUCGACCGGUACAAAGACAUUCUUCAGAACCUCAACAAACGGAUAGCGACGACCGUGGCCGCUGGCCAACCCCAGGAUGCUGCCGCCAAAGAGAAACGGGUUCGCAAGGUUCCGGAGUUUCAGCUCGGUCAGCUGAUGGAAGAUUCGGUUAAGGACCUACCGGCCGGAUUGCUGCGGGAUGUGCUCGAUAGAAGCGCCCGCCUGGAAAAGACCAUCGCGUCGGAAAUCAUCAUCAAUGAGGUCAGCAUAGAGAAUUCGGUCAGCAAAAAUCUGAACGAUAUCAUCGAGCGGCACCUGGCAACGAUCCAGAAGCAGAAACGCACCGUCAGCAAAUGUCACCAGGAGUACGAAGCCACAAGGCAAAAGUAUGAUUCUGCCCAGCGUAACAGCGACCAGCUAGGUAACCAAGCCAAAUUAACCCAACUGAAGGAUGACCAGGAGGAGCUGCACAACAAGCUCGAGAAGGAACGGGACCUGUACGAAUCCUACAUGUACGAACUGCUGGCCGAGGAGGAGAACAUUGCCAACUACGUCAAGGAGUAUGUCAAACAUCAGGAACUGUAUUACACCUCCGCCCUGCGGGAAAUCCAGAGCACCAUCAACAGCAUGGACGGUCUAUUCCGACGGAACAACAAACAAAUCUUUCAUACGCCUUUGCGAGAGCACCUGAAGGCGACGGAUCGCAAAAUCGCUUACGUCAUCGAGCUUUGCGUGUGCUGCCUACUGGAGAAAGGUCUCUACGAGGAGGGACUGCUGCGGGUUGGCUGUGCAUCCUCCAAGCUGCGACGAAUGAUCUCCGCAGUAAAUGCAAACUACGUAACUCCUCCGCUGUCGGAAAAGUACGCCGACCCACAUGUGAUAGCCGGAGUGCUGAAGAAAUACCUCCGAAGCCUACCGGAUCCGCUGCUGACGUUCGAAUUCUACCCGGACUUUGUGGCGGCUGCCCAGAAGCAAAACGAAACCCAGCGAAAGGCAGCGAUCCUGAACAUUAUCAAUCAGCUACCGAAGGAAAACUACGACAACUUGCGAUACCUCACCAAGUUCCUGUCCUAUCUGUCGGAGAAGAACCAGGAGAACAAAAUGUCCCCCCAGAACAUUGCAAUUGUGAUGUCUCCCAAUCUGCUGUGGUCGCCGAAUGAGAAUGAAAACUACAUCGAUCAGGUCAACAGUACGGCGACUGUCAACACCAUCGUGGAAGCGUUGAUCGCCGAUUGGGGUUUCUUUUUCGAUGGCGAUGUGAAUUUCUACGUCAGCAUGACCAGAGAUACGCUCUUCCCGGACAACGGCGGGUUUCCGGUAGAUAAAGACUUGCCUGUACGAUAUGUUCCUAACGAAAUGAUGUCGAGAUCGAUGUUCGUCACGCCAACCACGGGUAGCCAAGACGAGGUGCGGUAUUAUAACAGUGGAGGAGGAGGAAGCGGCGGUGGCGGUGGAGGAGGAACGUACAACAACAACUCCCAGAAAGCGUCUACAUCACAUUCCCGCAGCAGUAGUCACGAUACUAGUCUUAUUCUAAUCAACAGUAACGAUCAGCUCAACAAGCACCGAAGUCAGUCGAACAGUUCCCUGUCGGAUCAUUCCAGUCCACCACACGAAAGCAGUCCAAAGCCCACGGUACGGAGGAAACACAACAAACAAGCUGCGCCAACUCCGCCGGACAGUCAUCACAAAAGCAGCACCGGUAGCAACAGCAGCAGUAAUUCCCGGGAGCUAAACAACAAGCUCCAAUCGACUUCAUACUUUAAACAGCUGAACAACAAUGAUCAUCACCGGGAUCGGGAGGACGAAGGAUUCCAAUCGUUACAGCAUCACGCGUACAAACAGGCCCAGCAAGAGUAUGCCAACGACCGGCAACCCAUGAUCCGUGCCGAAAGUCACGACAAUCUACUGAAGUUGAAGUCGACGUCGUCGUCGACGGCGGCGGCGGCGGCGGUGGCAAGCAUUGGAGACAAAAUGCCUCCACCGAGGCCGGCAGUGGUCAGCAUUGGAGACAGCCAGACCCUGAACCGAAGCAAAGGUCAGAACAAUCUGCAUCAGCAGCACCACCAAAACAGCAAACAACCAAAUGCUCCCAAUUGUGAUACUUCUAGCAGUAUAGGUAAUAAAGAGAAUAAGGAAAACCACCAUCGUCCUACGUUUCCCCUGCCGAUCAAACCGGUGGCCCUGCCGAGGACUACGUUGGUAAAGACGCCCACCCCAACGGGCCCGGGUCCACACUCAAACAGCACCGAUGACGAUAGCAGUUCCGUGUUGCUUUCGGCAAUCCGCGAAAAGCCAGUCAUUCCCGAGCGACCUGCUAUUCUGUUUAGGCCACUAAGCUUCAAGGGUUCCAUUCCGGAGAUAUCCAAAGUCAGCGAAGGAACCAACACGCUAAUCAGCUCGGGUACCUCGAUCAAAAAAGCUCAAAGCUUCCGAGGCGAAACCAGUUCCGGGACGAGCAAGGAAAGCGGCUCAACUGUCCUCGAGCGGACCCAAAUGUACAACAUCGACAAACAACAGGUAGCGAUUAUCGAUGUUGCCGAUGAGAAAACUCGAACCAAGGACAAACCGUCAACGCUGGUGGCCACGGUACCGGAAGGUGUCCCCCCGUUGGCAAUGAUGGAAUCGACCGGAUCGCUCGGAAGUGACAUCCAAUCGCCGACGAGUACGGUUGUUCCCGCAGAACUGACGGUCGAAUCGACGAAUAACGCAACAACAAUAACAACUAGUCUUCAGCAUGUACCGCAAUCGCCUCGUGGUUUUGACCAGGCAAAAAUCAAGCGACCACAGGUUCCGGCUCCGCCACCACCGGUUGGGCGGCCUAAAUCAUCCGACUCGACGGAUUUAUAACAGAAUGAGCUGUUGAUUUAACCAAGCGGAAACGAGGGUAUUGCUAUGCAGCGUUGGAGAUUUGCGUUCAAUAAGUACUAAGAAGCGGGGGCGGCUGCGUGGUGGGUUUUGGAUUGUGUGUCCUAAAUUGUGAUGCAAGGUUCCUAUGUGCCAAGCAUCGUUUGCUUGAAAUCAAAUUGAACCAAGUCGUAACUAAUGGAAUUGCUUUGCACUUGUAAUUCGAUUGAACAUCAAGGAUUGCUUGCAAGAAAGCACUCCACCCCAGCACACAGUCAAUUUGAGUAAUUGGGAGUGCCAUCUCCAGCGCAAUCCAAAUCACAUUUCCAUCGCACAUUCAGUCGGGAGAUGAUUGCAAGUGUGUCGUCCCUCGCUUCGCGUAACAAAACAUACAAUACCGAGUCAGUCAGUCAGAUAGCUUUUAAUUAAAUUUUAUUAUUUUAACGGGUUUUUUUUUUAUUAUCCUCUCUCGUCGGUCGGUUUUAGUUUAUUUUCGUUUGCGUCGUCCUCAGUAGGUACCUAGUGCAUGUACAGUUUGUGGGUUUUUGUUGCAAUGGAAAGGAAACAACAAACACCCGAGGAUCGUGUGCGUCUAUCAAGUGCAUUCUAAUUGAAUUGAGUUCGGUCGCCAUUAUGUUACUUUCAAUUUACUCUGCCUUCCACCUCCAAACCAUCAAGUGAGUGCAGUUGUCUUUUUAUUCGGUUUUUCAUUCCUAUUGUUGGAAUGGUUACUGUUGUGUAGCAUUGAAACAGGCAUCUGGAUAUAAUAGCAUAUGAAAGAAGUGUAUUAAGGCUAGCUUUAGAAUCAAUUUUCAGCUAUAUUAGAACGAAGGUACACAUCAUGCAAUAUUCUUCAGAUAAUAUCAACAGCAGCAGCAUCAGUAGAGUAUGGUCAUGUUUGUGUUGGAAAAUCAAGGAAAGGCGCGCGCUCCCUAUGGUAGUUAGUUCGAUAUUGUUAUUGCAGUUUAUUAGGUACAUGGUUGUUGUAGACUGAGUUAUGCGCAUUCUAUUGUUUCGCCCUCAUAAACGAGGUUGUCGUCUGGACAAUCUCACUAUUGUCGGAAUCGAUUGAUUAAGUUUAUUGGUGAGCUGUUUGAGCAUUUUAUUUCUGAGCGUGGCAUUUGUUGAAUGGCGUUAGAGUUGGCAUUUAACUAGAAGAACAAAUUGUCAAACAGCUCAUCGACGUCGAUUUAUUGUAAUGCAACUAAAUUACUGAAAUUUAACCAGAUUAUCUAAUCAUUCUACCAUGAAAAUAGAACAUAUUCAAUCAUUGAAGUAAUAAACCUGCUUGAUGCCUUAAAAAUGUA